CAGUAGAGAGUCUUUUCUGCCAUGUGUCACCGUCCCGGAAGCCGAGGAUAGAAGCGAGCAAUCUCCGUUUUGACAUCUCUUUUCCAUCUCAAGUAUGGGUCCGAAGAAACCGUCUGAGAAGCCCGCCGGCCAACCGGCCGAAAAGAAAGAGAAGAAACCGGCAGCCGCCGCCGCAACGGCUUCCGGAUCUGGUGAGAAGAAACCAGCAGCGGAGAAAAAGCCUGCGCCGGAGAAAAAGCCUGCCGCAGCUGAAAAGAAACCCGCAGCGGAGAAGAAACCCGCAGCGGAAAAGAAGCCCGCAGCGGAGAAGAAGCCCGCAGCAGAGAAGAAACCUGCCGCUGAAAAGAAACCCGCUGAGGAGAAGAAGGCAGAGAAACGUGCCGCUCCAGCUGGUGAUAGCAAGGCCGCACCGAAGAAGAAGGCUCCGGCCGCUGCUGCUGCCGCUGGAACUAGCAAGCCUGCUGGCGAUGCCAAGAAACCCGCUGCGGCCGCUGGUGCCGCUGCCCCUAAGAAGGGAGCCAAGGCUGCACCGGCUGCCGCUGCCGCCGCCGCCGCAGCUGCUAGCAAGAAGAAGCCAGCCGAAAAGAAGGCUACCGCUGCCGCUGCCACCAAGGCUAAGGCUGCUGCUAAGCCGGCCAAGGGCGCAAAGGCUGCCGCUGGCGCUGGAGCUAAGGCAGGCAAACCUGCUGCAGCUGCUGCCGGUGGAAAGGCGAAGGCUGCUGGAACCGGUACGAAGAAACCCACGAAAAGGGUCAAUGGCAAGAAGACUACCAAGAGUCCCAGGCCCAAGCUGACGAAGGAGCAGAUUAAGGCAAAGAUCCAGAAGGGUAUCCAGAAGGCUCGUACCACCGCUAUGCUGCGGGCCAAGCGUGCCAGGACCAAGCUGAUCAAGGGUCCUUAUGGAACCGUGUUGCGUAGGAUUCGCACAUCGGUGCACUUCAAGCGGCCGAAGACCCUUCGCCUUCCACGUCGUCCGAAGUACCCGAGGAAGUCCGUCGCCAAGCGCAGCCGCAUGGAUGCGUACAAUAUAAUCAAGUACCCGUUGACGACUGAAGCAGCGAUGAAGAAGAUCGAGGAUAACAACACGCUUGUCUUCUUGAUUCACCUGCGCGCCAACAAGAACCACGUCAAGGCCGCCGUAAGGAAGCUGUACGACGUUAAGGUGCUGAAGAUCAACACGCUGGUGCGACCGGACGGCAAGAAGAAGGCGUACGUUCGACUAACGCGCGACUACGACGCAUUGGACAUUGCCAACAAGAUCGGCAUCAUCUAAAGCGCUAGUUCUUUAUGUUUUUCGAACGCACCUGCCGUCAUCCCGGUGUACGUACGGUGGGGGUGUUCAGAGCGGGAAAACGGAAGCUACGUGCGCGGGUGUGUUGGGCGGGUUUCGGUAGCUUUAUUCCGCAAUCCAUCACUCGGCACCGGUGUGACGUAUCCUUUUGCAUUCCCACUCUACUCAGAUACGUUUCUCUGGCGCAAUUUUUUCCACUCAUCGCAGGGAAACUUUCUGUAAAGCUUGUGCUGGAAUUGUUUCAAGCAAACAUUAGAAGUACACUUUGUAACAACUGGAGAAGGAUGAAGAAAUAUAACAUCUAUUCAGGAGAGGAGAAAAUGUAA